AUGACCAACAACAGGAACGGCAAAUUUGCCGUCAUGCAUAUCGACCUGACCGGCACCAAGCCUUCCGAUCGCAAUGCCGCCGCAAAACGAACGAGCGAGGAAACCGAGGCACAGGCCAGACGUGCCAACCAGAUUGGCUGGCAACCUGUGAGGCGCACCAAAUCGACCUGGCAUAACGACGAACUCGAUUUUCAGAGGGCCAAGACUUCUGAUGCCGCGACUCCGCCUUCGAGGACCGCCGUCCCGACAUCAACUUCUACUGCUGCUGCUACCACCUCGACAACCGCCCCGACAUCUGAGUGGCUGCAGACGUGCAUACCUGCACCCCGCGAGACAAAAGCCGAGCAAGCUCGUCUCCUGACUCUUCUGCGCACUCUACAUCCCAUCUUGGUCGUCGACCAGCUGUGCAAAGCGCUGGCUUACUUCGGCGGCAUCCCUGGCGCUCCGCCUCCGACAGAUGGAGCGUUCCCCUCUAGUGCCGCGACUAAUGGCCCCGGCUCGCUGCUGUUGAGCUGGCUUGCCGAAAUUUUUCCUCCGACCGGUUGGGACCGCCAAGAGGCCACUUCCACGGCCGCCCCUCCAAACGGUCCUGUCCAGCUUACUAAGCGGCGCCGAAUAUCCAAGGACGUGAGCCAGCAGCCAGGCAUGAGCAUAGAAUCACAGGCGCUGUCGCCCGACUUGACAGCAUCACCAGCGUUGAGCCAUGGCUUCAGCAGCGCUUCACCCCAGCUAUCAGCCUCCAGGAGCUUCGAACCUCACAAAGCCACCAAUAACAGGCCGCCCAACGCCAGCAUGGGUGCAAGCCUGGGCUUGCACCAGCAGCAACAACCACAGCGCUUCUACGCCCAACAGUCGCAGCACCCAUCUCCCAGCGUGAGUGCGGCGGAUCAGCAUUCUCAUGGCGUCAUGCAAACAUCGGUGCCGCCAAGGCCAAGAAGUCAAAUGGCUGGCGCCUACGGCGCGCAACGACAUGUCCACCUCUCGCCCCAGAUGAUUUACACGCAACAGCCGCAGCCGCAGCCGCCCAUGAGCAACCCAAUAGGAUCCCUCGGCCACCACAGCACCAGCCUCAGUCGCAGCAUGAGCGGCGGCCACCACCACAAGGAGGUGCGGGCGCUGCCAGGCCAGCUGCUCCGGGGUGGAGCUGGACAGGCCCAUGGGUUCCACAGUCAUCAACAUCAGCAGGCUACAUCGCAGCCUAACACGCUGGGCUCCUUCCACAGCAUCAACGAGCAGAGUUAUUUGAACAUGGACUACGGCCUCACGGAGCGGGACGUCCAGGACGCGGCAGCCGUCACGGCGCUUGGUAGUCCGUCUCAGCUGGAAACGACUCUGGCCCAGCCCAAGAUGCGGGACCACCACAUGUUCCAGAGCAUCGGGAGACAGUGA